AUGAGUGAUGGGGCCGACUCCACGGUCAGCCGUCAGCCAUUCAAAGUCAGCUUGAUACAGUUUGUUCGUACUCAUCCCGAGCUCUGGGAUCUGUCCAUGCCGGCUUACCGUAACAACACACUCAAGAGUACCAUCUGGGAAAAGUUUAUUAGUCGCCAUCACGGGGUCAACUGUAAGACGUUUUGUUGUUGUUGGCUUGUUUGUUGCAUUGUAGUAUAUCUGUUUCGAAAUGUAAUAUUAUGGUGUAUCGUGGUACAAUUUAGUGGUUUAGUAUUGUACUUGGCUGUUUUUUAGUUUCAAAUUUACUGUAAAGCGGGCAUAUUUACUGUAACAUGGUUUCCGUUUAUUAUUUUGGUGAAAAAGUUUUUUAAACCAAAGUUUAUGGGAGGAUGACAUUUUCUAUUUAUUUUUCGACCCACGCCCUCAGUAUUGCUAUUUUACCGCAGUAAUCUGUCGCUGAUUUGCCCGUUCUUUCCUAUGUUUUGUUCGCCGGCUUAUGCAUUGUUAUUGUGCCAUUACUUAUUGAUAUACUUUCGACUUGUACUGUGCUUAUCUUGACGUACGUGAACUUAACCUUGAUCUUGCAGCGAAACAAGUGCGGGAACAGUGGCGGUUAAUUAAGAACCGAUACUAUCAGGAGCGAGAGUUACGUCAGUCGGGCAAGGACAUGAGCUCCGACUUCCCUUACUACGAGGACUGCGCCUUUCUCGAAAGCGGCAAGAGUAACGGCUCCGACCCCAAGUGAGUCAUAUCAUAUAACACAUGGUAUCAUCGUGUACCAUAAAAUUGGAAUCCAUUCUGGAUGUAUAUGAUAGAAGGAUUCCUAAAAUAAGUUACUGUAUAACUGGUCAGAGUUACCGUAAAACUGGCCAAAGUCAUUGUAAAACAGGAUAAAAUUACUGUAAAACAAUCAGGUUACUGUACAAUGGCUGGAAUUAUUGUGAAAAUGACAUUACUUAUAUAACAUAACAACUUUCAGAAGAAGACGUAUCGAAGAUAACACCGACUUCCUGGACAACUUCAAGCGAAUGCUCGGGGAAGCCAGUCCAGAAGACGGUCACGUCAACUCUCCGCCUUCAGACAACGACCUCGAGAACAACGCCCCCACCUCUCGCAACAACAACCGACUCUCGAGCGAACGGUGAGUGCUGAUUGGCUGAUCUGUCAUUAUCGAUAAAACUUUGAAAAUUCAAAAAGUUACUGUAAAGUAGUUAUUUAAUCUUUUAAAAAGUUAAGCUCAGAACUAUUCAUAUUAUGUUAGCUAAUUGCUAAGAGAUGGUGGAUAAGGUGUACCCAUUUGCAGUAAGGGACCAGCCGAGACUAGAGCCCAUUUGAUUGAUCUAGUCAAAGUUCUACCAGAGUUAUACGACAAGUCCAACCCACUCUACAAGAACAACGCCCACAAAGGUGUGCUGUGGAGUCAGAUCGCGGAGAAGCUUGGCAAUGGAGCCACUGGUACGUUUAAUUGUACGUUACUUUUUCAUUUUUACUAAAUGUGGGAUGUUAAUAGGAGGGUUCAAACAUUACUUUAUAGAACAUGUCCAACUUGUUUUACGUCAUAGUUGGGAGUUUAAACUGUUUUCAAACCAGUAGUUAAAACAAAGUACUACUUUUUGAGACUUAAAAUGUCUAAUUUUAAUGUUUAAAAAAUGUUUUAAAAACAAAACUAGAACGAAAUUCAAUUUUUUUAAUUUUAAAUUUUUGACUUUCUGAGCGUAAUGUUAAAAAAUCCGUCAGUGCCACUUCAGAUGGUCACCUGAAGGUUCAACGUGGCUAUUUCGAAGUGGUGCUACACCCUCACAACUCAAAUAUAAUUGUUUUAGCCAAAAAGGUGCGCGAGCAAUGGUCUUAUAUGAGACGCAAAUACGAAGAAGAGUACUACGCAAGGAAGUCUGGACAAGCACCAACGCCAAUGGACCCAUCUAAGAGACACCUCUUCACGUUCGACCAGUUGUCUUUCUUGGAGGAUUACAUGCAAAGUGAACGUUCCGAGUCAUUGCCGUGAGUUCUCUUACUUAGUAGUGUAUAACAAUUAAGAUUUUGUUAUCAAACUGUAGUAAUAUUAUCAGUAAUAAAAUGUUGUUCCAUUCUUAAGAAUUGACUCUACUUUUUAAAAUAUAUAUACAUAUUUACUGUAUUCCAAAUAAUUUUUUCCAUUUCAGUGACAACGAUACACAAGAAAUCGACCCUGACAGUACCGAAAACAACCAGAGCGACGACUUUGCCUACAAAAGCGGCAAUAUCAAUGAAAUUUUGUGGCAGUUAUCUCAGAGUGCCAGCUCUAAACACUCGAUCAACAACUCGAGCGGUCGAAUCAAUCCAUCGACCGGAGAGAUCAUGUUCGACGAGAAGCCAACCACUUCUGGGCCUUCUAGCGUCGUCGACGAAAAACGUAAGAUACUUAACAAAAUCUGACGAAAUUACAUUGUAACUUUCUAACUAUAACUUACUUUAACUAGGGUAGGUAUCUUAGCUAUAAUAUAAUUCACGUAAACAUACUGAACCUAACUAUCCACAAACCAUACAAUAAUUCCAGCCGCCAGACCCCCACGGAAGCGUCGAGCUGAAGAGGCGGUUUCUGAAUUGACGAUCAGUCCAACUGCCACAAUGGACAAAGCUGAUCUUCAGAAGACCGUCAACGACCUGAGUCGCUGUCUGGUGGAGUUGAUGCCCUCGAAAGAGGAAGACGAAUGUGCCUUAUUCGGAAAGCAGAUAGCUCACGACCUGAGGAGAAUGAGCCUUAGGUCACGGCUCGUAGCCAGAAAGCGGAUCAGCGAGAUUCUGCUGGACAUGGUGAUCGAGAACAUCAACGGGCACGCCUCUACGCCUCCAGAUGACGUUGAUGCACAGAGCAAUGGGGUCGAUCUUUAA